AUGUUUCCUCACGAAAAUUCCGUUAGCUUUCCUAAAACUAUUUUGCUACACAUUUUUGUGUUAACUUUUUUUACCUUAAGUAUAAACAGUGCAGAUGUACCCAUAUUUCAUAAGUGUUGCCCGGAAGACCAGAACCUUAUUAAAGUGAUAGUUGAUUUAAAUAUUACUCUUGACGUACGAUAUGUAUGUUUAAAUGCUGAAGCAAGAGAAAAUUAUAAUGUCUCCAGUGACGUUGUUCCUCUUUUAGUGGUAAAAAGUGAAAAUGUUCAAUUUUAUAUGCCUGAGAAGUGCCAAUUAGAGUUAAUACGUACAAUUGGAGACAAUUUUGAAAUUACAACUGAUAACGAUGUUUGUUACGACAGACUUGUAUUGGAAAUUGUAAACGAUAUAUCUAUACAGAUAGUUCCUAAAACUGUUGCAUUAGCCUGUGUCAAAAACGAAACCAGAGACACAUUGAGAUCGACUUUAACAAUAGAUCACGUUCGUAAGUGUUGUCCUGGGAGUCAGAGAUAUGAUACCGUAUAUCAUGUAUGUAGAAACUCUGCAGAGUACAGUAAAGAUAAUUGGUUAAUGAAGCAACUUACGAAUUAUAAUACCGGUAGCAAGAUAUAUGAAAUAGAUUUUGAACUACAUUGUAAAUCAAAUGAAUAUGCUGUAGAGUUGAGUGAAGACAAAUAUACAAUAGACAUCGAAGGAAGAAUGUUAAAAGUAGGCAGCAGAACUGGAACAAACAAAUAUAUAAUUCCUAGUGGUGAGUGGUGUGUAGACCGUGAAUACGUUAAGGGAGAAGUGGUAGCUCGAGUUUGUACAAAUGAUUGUUCUAAAUUCGAUGCAUACUGUCUGAGAAAAUGCUGCCCUGUGGGAUAUCAUUUUAAACCCCGACACUGUGGUAAAUUUAAUAGCAGUUGCGUACCUAACGCUGAUGAUGAUGAAGCGGUGUACUUCAACAUUUCUUCAUAUUUGGACCCUUUACAGGAACACUACAAAAAUAUCGAAGAUACAUUGGGCAUUCGCACUGGCCUUGAUUGUCCAAAUGGAAGAACAGCUCUGAAUAGAUCAUCCGUCAAGGAUUUCCAGUACCUGACAUACACUAUAAGUGUUGGGAACGAUUAUUGUAUCGAAACUUUUGACACCCGCGACUGUCAGGAUGAUGUCACAGUAACUGCGGUAAUCUGUUUGAUAGCACCGCCAUCACAAUAUAAUGAUUUCCAAAUUUCUUUUGUACUCAUAAGCAUAUCGAGCGUAUGCUUGGCGCUGACAUUGUUGGUGUAUUGUACGCUGCCGGAGCUGAGGAAUAAACAUGGCCGGACUCUCACAUGUCACCUGAGUAUGAUGCUGCUUGCGUACUCAUGCCUUGCACGAGUACAGUAUGAUGUCGUUGAAAAUACUCUCAUAUGUACACUACUUGGGUAUGGAAUAUAUUUCGGUUUUGUCGCUGCAUUUGCCUGGUUGAAUGUCAUGUGCAUCGACAUCUGGUGGACAUUUGGCCAUGUCCGUACACGAUCUUUGCAGAAAGGAAAGUCACAAAGAAAUAGGUUUAUAUGGUACUCCGUAUACGCAUGGAGUAGCUCGAUUCUUCUCACACUCGCAACUUUCUUGUUUGACACCUAUCCUGUUUCACCUUUACUAGACUCAAACAUGGACAGCGGCCUGUGUUGGUUUGGUGCUGUUCAAAAUGACAACUCCGAUUGGCCACAUUACAUUUUCUUUGUGGCACCAAUGGGUAUAGUGACUUGCAUGAAUUUUGUAUUGUGGGUACUGACCGCGCGUCAUUGCGUGAGGGUUAAAUCUGAGAUGCACAGGUUGCAAGCCGGUUCAGCAGGAGAUCGAGCCAAACGACGCUUCAGAAUCGAUCAGGCCAAAUAUAUAUUAACGGGCAAAUUGUGGGUGGUGAUGGGUGCAGGCUGGGUUUCUGAACUGCUGUCUACUUUGAUACAUGAACCGUGGUGGCUCUGGUUCGUUGUUGAUCUCUUAAACGAGCUUCAAGGAGUUUUCAUCUUCAUAAUACUCAUAUUCAAGCCGAAGCUAUAUUACCUCAUUAGGAAGCGAUUGGGUUUGGAGAAGCCACAUGUGAGGAAGAAUGGCCCUUCGUCUUCUGCUCGCAGUUCCUCAACCUAUUUGUCUCGGACCAUCAGCCAUGAGCCAAUGAGGAUAUCGUUAACUAACAACGAUAAGGAGAAAUAGAGACGAAUAAAGUUCAAAUACAAUCACUCCUCCACGUUUGUCAAUAACAACUUGUCACACGUCUACAUAACUCACUGGGUGAUUUUUGUAUAUAUUAUUACGCAGAUGUUUUCUAAUGCUUGUGUUUGCGAUCUCAAAUAGCCAUUACCUAUACAUACAAUUAAAAAUAAAAUUAUAAAAUUCAAAUUUGGAACCUCACGCAUGGAACAUCGAUGUUGUUUUGUUUUACUUUAUAUACCUUUUGUCACUUCUAAAACAUUCCAUGGCGUCACAUUACAAAUCUAACUAUUUUUUAUUUCUUUAUUAUAACAAUUUAAGCAUAGCGAUAUUCCUCUAGCAAACAUUUUGUUUUAUUUUGUAAUAGACUCAUGGUUGGUUGGUAACAUAACUUAGAUAUCGUAGCAUGUUAUAGUUAUAUAACCUCGCUGGUCUAACUUAAUAGUAUAGCUUAUUUUGACGCUUACGUAUUUCUUAUGCACUUAGCAUUCUAUUUUUUUAUUAUACUACAUAGUAACUACAAUUGUAUCGCAAGUAGUAGGACUUAUCUAGUCCUUAUUCAUGAAACAGUUAAGCUACCAAACUUAUUUUGGUAUUGCACUGUUAUAUUAACUUUCCUUGAAUAAUUUUUUUAAUUAGUUAAGGUGGGUCUGUAGUUUGAUUUAGUUUUCGUGAAUAAGGCAGUAGUUUUGAAUAUAAUUAUGUUUGUUGCGUUUAUUUGAUCUGUAUGUUAAUGUGUUUAUUUUGAAGUGUAAAUUGAUAGUAAUUUAAUAAUAAUGUUGCAUUUUUUCAUUAUCUUAUUACUUAGGUAAGUUAGAGUAAGUGUACUUUUUAGAUGGUAUUAAAGAACUUUUAUAUCAGCGCACUUGUAAGAAACUGGUUAUUGUUUAAACCAUAACUCAUUGUUAACCAUAAAGUAGAGAAUAAUUAUUCUGUUCUAUGGCAGAUACUAAUAUCAUUAAAAUAAUAUUAUUUAUGAAACACUGAUGUUUACAUAUGUUACUGGAAUUAUCCGAAGAAUAAGUGUCCAAUUCAUUUUUAAUUUCAAUUAUAUGAUCUAUAAUAUUUGUUUUUAAUAUUUUUUAUUAAUAUUUAU